AUGUAUACAUCACAUACUCCACAGGUCACGCUGAACGACCCGGCAGGGGCUUCCGCGAAGCAUGACGCCGGGGGACACCAACCAACCCGGGGGACACCGAUCAACCCGGGGGACACCAACCAACCCGGGGGACACCGACCAACCCGGGGGACACCCAACCAACCUGGGGGACACCUGACCAACCCGGGGGACACCAGACCAAACCCGGGGGACACCAACCAACCCGGGGGACACCAGACCAAACCCGGGGGACACCCGACCAACCUGGGGGACACCCAACCAACCCGGGGGACACCCGACCAACCUGGGGGACACCCAACCAACCCGGGGGACACCAGACCAAACCUGGGGGACACCCGACAAACCCGGGGACACCCGACCAACCUGGGGGACACCCGUCAAACCCCGGGGACACCCGACCAACCUGGGGGACACCCAACCAACUCGGGGGACACCAGACCAAACCUGGGGGACACCCGACAAACCCGGGGGACACCCGACCAACCUGGGGGACACCCGACCAACCCGGGGGACUCGACUCGCUAUAACACAAACUUCCUUUUCAUUUCACCGCAUCUCCUAAAGAAACGUUAUUACGACGAAGGGCCAGCAGGAAGGGGAGAGGAAAGGAGGCAAGGAGGCAAGGAGGGCAGGUCCAUCUUGAAGCCCAGCUUUAUUGUGAAUGGAUGGGAGCAGUGAAACUUCCACAGA